UAUCUCUCGCUUCGUCUCCUCGCACCGCCUUAACCACGCCGCCACACCCGUCACUAAUCCUCCGAUUACUGCGCCACCUGCGAGGCCCUUCUCCCUUUGACACCCAAGAAAACCGCCGAGGCACCAUUAUUGCCUUUCUGUUCUGCCCCAUCGUCUGCCUCUCCUGGUUUCUUUCGAGUAAAGAGAGAGAGGGAGUGGCCGAGUAGUAGGGUUCAAGAAGGAUCUUUGGCCGUUGGAAGCAUUGCGCUCGGGGAGGAGUGGAGCCAGUGGUGCCUUCGAAAUCUCGUCGUGCCUUCGCUAGGCCCUCGGGUUCUUGGGGCAUCCGCCGGAUUCGAUUUCUUGGGGAUUCCAUCUCGAGGUUAGCUGGUUCGUGUUAGCGGAGGAGGCUGGUCGGGGCUACAAUGAAUGCUCUGUGUGAAGUGUGUGGAGCUAUUGGUUAUGAACAUCUCCUGUUAUGUUGCACUGACUGCAAGGGAGGUCAUACACACCAGUACUGUUUGGACAAAGUUCUCUUUGAUGCAACUUUAGAGGACUGGUUUUGUGAUGAAUGCAAACAAUGGCGUAAUGAAGGUUCUCACAGCAGGUCUCUAGAGAAGGUGUCAAGUGAAAGGCCAUCAAAUCAUGCUCGAUUUGACUCUACAUCACAGCAAGCAAUUAUCAAGAGACCGGAGUCAGCUAGGGUUGUAGGGACAUGGGGACAACAAAAAAGGAAGUCUACAGUUGUAGGUGCAAAUCUAAAGAAAAAACAUUCUUCUAGGGCAAAGUCUUUGCGAAAGAAGUGCAUUAGGAACAAAUCAAAUAUGAGAGGCAAAGGCAUCAAUAGAAGAGGUAUAAGGUCUAAACGUUCUUCGAAUUUUACAGAGCAGUUGAACCUCUCAAUAGGACAGGUUGGCUCAGCUUUGUUAUCGAAAGGUGUUAAGCAGCCUACCCCUGUAAUUGUGAAUGCCCUUGGUUAUACAUUAGGAGACACUGGUCAAUCUCAUGUGUUGAAACCAUUGGAAGGGUUAGCCCACAAAUCAAUGCAAACUCCACAAUCACUAACAACAGAUCAGGUGUAUUCAACUUCAUCCUUAGAGAUCUCUUCAAAAGCUAAAUUCGCUCUUGAGGCUAGUGCUACAGAAGUUGAAAUUUCUGAUACUGUUCAAAACUUGAGAAAGGACAGCCCAAAAAAGCGUAGACGUCUCAUUCUAACUGGUGAGGAUGAAGAAGAAGAAGAAGAAAAAGAAGAAGAAGAAGAAGAAGAAGAAGAAGAAGAAGAGAAGGCUGAAGAUGUCCAGCAGGAAAAUGUCAAUCAUCAACCUCUUAAGUGUAAUGAACCAAUGGUGAAGCAUCAGAUAAACACUGAAUAUUAUGUGGAAGAGGCUGUACAAACUGGAGACAUAAAUGACCAAUGUCUCAUAAAAGGUAGGCGAAUGAAGCAGAGGAGAAGAUACAUAGUUGAAAAUGAAGAUGAAGAGGAUACCGAAGGUGCUGAGUGUGCUCUGAACAAUGCUUCAAAGUGGCCUUCAAAUGACAGUGCAAAGAUGGCGUCACAAACUCCAGUUGCAACCGAUCAUUCUCACCAAUCCAGACGUUCUGAAUCAGAACGUGUCGAUCGACAUUAUCAUAUUUGUUUGCAACCCCUUGAUGAGCCUGUUUGGAGUGGAGUCUUUAACAUAGACAACGAAGUGUUUCUUAAGUUGGAUGCACACUUGUCAAACAAAGCGUGCCAGAGAGUUCAUGAAUUGUCAGGAUUGUUGCAGCCAGUAGUUGAAGUAAAGACACUCUCUCGGUUUCAAGUCUGGCCAGAGAGAUGGAUAUCUUCAGGACCUACUGAUGAAAGCAUUGGGUUAUUUUUCCUCCCGCAUAGUUCGAUGCAAGAUGAGGAGUUAACCAGACUUAACAGAAUUAUCAAGAGUGAUGAUGCCUUACAGAUUACUAUUGGUAUUGCGGAGUUACUGAUAUUCCCUUCUGUCCUAUUGCCAGAACAAUAUCAUCUCUUCCAGCGGAAACACUACCUGUGGGGAGUGUUUAGACAAAGAAAAGAUAUUCUUGACAAUGGUGUUCAUGUUGAAGUGCGAGAUGGUUCAGCACAUGCAACAGGGGAAGGGCAACAUCAAGAAUAUAAUCUUUUGGACCAACAAGAUGAAGCAUUGUAUGAGCUAUCGGACAAAGAAACUUUUGCUGUGAAGCAUGUUGUGGAUGUUGAGGAUCAGCUGCAGGUGGAGCGUGACCCAGAGGUGCAAAAUGAUAUUAUGAAAGUUGCCACGAGGGAAGGCAUUACCUCACUUAGUAGCAGUUGGUCGCCUGCUACGGGCUCUUCGAAAGCUGGAUCAAACAGCCCUGUGCAGCCAAGAACCGAGCGUAAAUUGUAUACUCCUGGAGACGCAGAGCAGCAAGAAGACUUCACCUCUUCACCUCAGUGGGAUGCCUCAAGUAUCAAACAAUCAACUGCUGCUAUACCUGCUGAGCAUGGCAACAAACAAGCCCACCCAGACUCAGAACCUUCCACCGCAAAGCUUUUUGGAUUUAUUGCUGUCCGGACACCCAGAUCUCAACAACUCAUCCAGGAGAUGGUCAGCGAAGGUGCAGUGUUAUUCCCAGUGCCAGAAGAGAUUGCGACGACUGAUUCUGUCACAGGCAGCGGCACUGGAGUUGUGUCUUCUGCACUGAACCCUGACGCCAAGUGUGAGGCCCCACAGGCCUUUGAUUUUGUGUCUGUGGGACAUGGCGAGCUUGGCGUGGAUUCUGAAGCCUGCCUGGAGCUGUUUCCAGUGCGCCAGGAACAGAUUGGAUGGGCUCCAAGGGCAGAAGUUAGUGGGGAAGUGGACCUUAACUUGAGUCUUGGCAAGCGUCUGCCAGCACCUUCCUCGCCACCACUGCUCUGAGACUUGCUUCAGAGUUUCAGGCUCUGUACAGGACUCAUGGGCAGGCAACUUUUUGUUCAUAAUAGUAAUGUAGUGUUGUGUUGCCUUGUCACCCGAACUCCCAAUGAUGACUGGUUUUUCUCUGAUCAGUGAUCGCCACCAGGGCCUGUAAGUUUUGCAGUGCAGUGUAGGGGUUUUCUUGCAAGGGAGUUAGUCUGUUUGAUGAAGUCCCAAACUGAUGUUGGCAAAGGCCGUUUGUUCAUUGUUGGAAACUUUGCUUUCAGUAUGAGUACUUGAACUCUUUAUAAUUUGGGUACUUGUCUGUUAUCUGGCCUUUCGGCAUCAAUUGGAAAUCAAUAGGGUUAAAUUGA